CGGAGGGAGCGCCAUCAUAUAAAUCCCCCCCGCAGCUGGGAUCCACAGAGGAGCCAUCACACCUGUUACCCUCUACCUAUAAAGCAAUCGGCAACACUCAUCCAAGUGUUCACUCCGACUCCGAGCACUUCCAAGCUGAAGUCCCUCCCCGAGAGCACAUACCGCAUGCCUCGCUCAUCACUCCACCCAAGAUAAACACCAACCUCUCCCAACACCCACAGACCAGAAAUAAUACCCCGGCUUCUCCCAGCUUCCGCCUCGCGCUCCCCAGGUAACCCCUCCUGCGCUCUCCCCCCAGCCGGGGCGUCUCUCACACCUUUCUAGCCCUGGUUGGAUGUAAACGUAAACCUUGAUGAGCAUGGCUAUGGGUAACCAACAUGCCUCCGUAAGCGCUCUUCAGGAGAUACAGAAGAAAGUCAAAGACCUCGAGAAGAAAGUGGCAACUUUCAGCGGACUCAAAAACGACCCCGAGUACAGAAAGCUGGAGAGGGCUUUGCUGAAGCAGCUUUUCGAUAUCGAAUCCGUCGACACGGAAGGAAAAAGCCAGAUCCUGCAGGCGAGGAAACGAGUGACGGAGGAAACCGAGAGAGUCCUGAGGGAAUUGGAGCAGAACGCCAACCACCCGUGCCGCCUGGAGAUCGAGAACAUCUUCAGAGAGGCGCAGACUCUGGUGGCGCAGCAGAUGACGCCGUGCUACGGGAGCGGGAAGGGCGUGACGGACGAGUUCGAGGAAGGGAUUCAGAACGUUCUGAUGAGACUGACGCAGGUGAAAACCGAGGGGAAGGUUCCGCUGCGGAAAGCGAGGUACCGCACCCUAACCAAAGUCCUCUGCGUUCAGGAAAUCUUAGAAAACUGCUUAAAGCAACAAAUACUGCCGCUUCCGCUGUCGACCGAGGCGCAUCCGUCCGUCUGCAAGAUCAACUCCGUCAUGUGCGAGGUGAGCAAAGCGCGAUGGAGCCUCAUAAGACUUCUGGUCGGCGUGAACGAUAACGAGACGUACAAACACCUGUCCUGCGUGCUCACCGGACUGACGGCGGAUUUGGACGCCCUCGACGUCUCGGGCCACGCGGACGUGAGGAACUACAGGAAGGAGGUGGUCGAGGAAAUCAACGGCUUGCUGAAGUAUCUGGACCAGGAGGAGGAAGCGGAAAUGACGAGCGCCUACGACCUGGCCCAAAACCAGUCCAUAGUGAAGAUCGAGGAGAUCCGCAGAAGGAUGACCGAGAUAAAGACGACUAUUUCGGAAAGGCCCCAAAGCAUGUGUGACGUUCACAUGGGCGUCAAGUCCGAGCUGCAGAGUCUCAUCACCCAGCUGGACGAGGUGAGUCCCGGGAGGAACCCUUGCAUCCGCGAAGCCAGGAGGAGAGCCGUGGUUGAAGUUCAAGCUCUUAUCAUGUACGUCGACCUCAAGGAGGCCCUCGAAAGACGGCAGAGCGCCGGCGACCGGUCAAACGCGGAACAUGCCUCGCACGCAGCCGUCUGGAACGUUCUGGGCAAACUGUCAGAGCUGCAGAAAGAGGUCCUCUCCUUCGACGGGAAACGGGCCGAUAAGAAUUACAUGAUAUUGGAGGAGCUCAUCACCAAACAGUUGCUCGCUCUCGACGCCAUCGACUCUCAAGGAGACGAAAGGUCAAAAGCGGCGAGAAAGCAAGCGGUGAAAUUCGCGAAUAACAUUCUCGGAUAUCUGGACAUGAAAACCGACGAGUGGGAAUAUUAGGAAGGAGACCUGGGGGGGGCAGGGGGGGAUCCCGGCGGCUUCGCUUGCACUAUUUGAUUUUCGGUCUCUUCGAUGUUAUUUGCUUCUGGGAACAGACAAGAGAGACCAUUAAAGAGCAGCCCAUUU